AUGUCCGGCCGCUCGUCCGAGCCGGCCCUCUCCGACCGCGCGCGCACCUCGUCGGGCUCCGCGUCCACGCGCGUGGACCUCUCGCGCCGCCUGACGCGCCAGGUCUACGUCGGCACCAUGGAGGUGUCGCCCGACGCCGUGGGCAUCGACAAGCCGGCGCCGGGCUCGCUCACAGUGGCGGUCAAAGUACGCGCGCUCACGCUCGACUCGGAGCGCAACGGCGGCGGCGGCCUGCGCACGUGGCAGGAGUGGCGCACGGUGCAGCGGCUGCUGUCACUGGAGCGCGAGGCGGCCAACUACGCGGCCUUGAACAGCAGGAACAGCAGCAGCGCGGGCCGCAGCGUGCUCGAAGGCCGGCGCCACAUCGUGCGCUACUACGCCACAAGCGUCGAGAGCGAGUCCUUCCGCCUCAUCAUGGAAUUCUGUCCGGGCGGGGACCUGCUGUCGCACCUCAUCGCGCGAGGCGCGCUCGGACCCAAGCCUGCCAAGGGCGUGCCGCAGCAGGAGGCGCGUCGCUGGGUGCUGCAGCUCGCGCGCGGGUUGCGCUACAUGCACGCGAGCGGCAUCGCGCACCGCGACUUGUGUCCCGAGAACAUCCUCAUCGGCCGGACGGGAGACGUCAAGAUCUGCAACUUCGGCGCCAGCACCACGCGCGCGGCCGAGCUUUCGCGCGACCGCGUGGCCGGCAACCUGCACUACACAGCACCCGAGGCAGUGAGCGGCACCUGGUACGACCCCGUGCGCGCGGACGUGUGGUCGCUGGGCGCCGUGUUCUUCGUGCUGCUCACGGGGUCGCCGCUGCUCACGCUGCCGUUCCCAGAGUGCCGCGGCUUCGAGCUCGUCAAGACCGUCGGGUGUCGCGGGGUGCUCAAGCUCUGGGGGAUGGACAACCAGUUCUCGGCGGCGACCAUGGAUCUGCUCGCGAAAAUGCUCACGGUGGACCCGACCAAGCGCCUCAGCAGCAUGCGCGAAGUUUUGGAUCACCCGGCGAUGCUGGCUACGGCUCACACCGAGCGCAGCCUCAUCGCUGUGUGA